AUGAGAGAUAACGAUGAUGAACUUCAGAAAUUAAUAGAUGAAGAAAGCAUACAGAAUUUUAACGAGAAAAGAGAAGAACUCAGAAAGAAGGCCAAAGAAUCUAUACAGAAAAUUGGUAUCAGCGAAGGCCCGAUUAAUACAAACACCUCAGCUGAUCUCAUGAAGCCGUGGAUUUCGCCGGAAGACGAUUCAUCUGGGUCAAAAGAAUGA